GGCUGCUAACCGUUAGCAGCUUGUAGCGGCUAAAGUUGUGCAAGUUUAGAACAAGUCACGACUCAGCAACCUGCGCGCACACACGCAGGCAAACACGCAUACGCUCAGAGAACCUGGCGCGGCCUCGUUUUCACGCACAGCGCGGGUUUUUGUCCUGUUCGAGUUUUUCUUUAGAGGGGUGUGUGUGUGUGUGUGUUAGCCUGAGGAGCUAGCUGUUGAAGCUAACUGUUGUGGUGUGUUUGAAUUAUUCAUGACGGCGCUCCGGGAUUGGUGGAGUGGCCGGAAGGGGCGGCGCUUGUUUUCUUCCAGGGCAUGGGGGAGGGGGAGUUAGCCACAACACACACACACGCUCACAAACAGAUCUAUUUCUGUCACACAAACACAGACCCACACUGAGAGGUGGAGGUGUGGACAACAAGUGAAGACCUGCAGGACACACAUCAUCUGAUUGGUGGAACAUGAUCAGAAUGUCGUUGGACAAGGAGCCCAUCUUGCCUCCUGAGGCGCCCGUCAAAGUCAGCCCCGUCUUCACCGUUCCUGCCAGCCUAUCAGAGCAGCCUCAGCUGACUAAGCCCCGCCCACUGGUUCAACCUAAAAAUGGCCUCCAGUCAUCUGGCGGCGGACAGCACGGCCUCCUCGCCCCGCCUCCGCCUGGGCAGCGGAUCGGGAAGAGACGCUUCUCCAUGGGUGUCGGUUUCAGGGGGGCCACUAAGCGCCGUCGCCGUGCCAACAGCGACAGCCAGGCGGAGCCCGUCCUGCCGAGUCACUUCAUGUUGGGCGGGAACAUCUUUGACCCGCUGAACCUGAACUCUCUGUUAGACGAAGACGUGAACAGGGCGACCAAUCAGGAGACACCAAAGUGCUCGCCCCUGCCAUCUAAGAGCAGAGACCCCGUAGAGAUCCUUGUUCCCCGUGACAUCACUGACCCUCUAAACCUGAAGGGAGGGGGGGAGGCCGGGGAGGUGGCGGGAGUCCUGCUGUCCCCCCAGAAGUCCAGGAGGAGACACCGGUACCGACACCAUGGAGGAGGAGGAGCUGACGGAGAGAAGGAGGCGGUGCCAGCGCGACUGUUCCCACCUCCGGCCGGACUGACAGUUCCCCUGACGACCGCAGAGGGCAGCGUUUCUGCUUCGCCUCUGUCCUGUGAACUCAACACUGCCAUCACUUGUCGUGAUGACGUGGCCCCGCCCCCCAUCCUCCCCCGGAGACACACCCACCCCCCUCAAGGCCCUGCCCAGAAGCCAGGCAGCCAUGGUGACGGUCGCCAUCGGAAACGGCGGCGCACCACUUCCACAAGGUCGGCGGACGGUUCAUCGACUGCGGUCACUGCAGCUCCUCCGCCUCUGCCAAUCAAGUUUCAAACUCCACUUGUGGGAGGGGCUAAAGCUGGAAGGUGUGGAGAACCUCUGCUCGGUUCUGCCUUUCUACCACAGAAGAAGAAAAAGGACAAACACCGAUACCAGUAUGGCAACCACAGUCGUUACUAUGGUUACCAGGGUUUCUAUGGAGACCAGUACGAAGGUCGGGUGGGUGUGGAGGAAGACCUCCGGCUCCGCCUCCUGGAAGCUGAUUGGUUCAGAGACAAGACGGUGCUGGAUGUGGGCUGCGGUGCAGGUCACAUGACACUGGCCAUUGCCAAGAGGUUUAACCCCGCCCACAUCCUGGGGGUGGAGCUAGACGAGACACUGGUCCACGCUGCCAAGCAGAACAUCAGGCAUUUCAUGUCACAUGACCUGGUGGUGGAGGAAAGAGAGAGGACGGGAAGGAGGAGCCUGACAAGAAAGGAGAAGAAGGAGGGAGGAGAGGAGAAGGAGUUCCAGCAGGCCCUGUCCCUCCUCUCCUUCCCCCUGUCCUUCAGGGUGGGGCGGGGUCCUCUCUCUGCUCCUCCCCUCCUCCUCCCUCCAUCCUCCUCCUCCAGGUUCCCUAACAACAUCACCUUCAUCCAGGGUGACUACGUGUCAGAGCGGGAGGUGUGGCCUGGGCGUGGUCACUAUGAUGUCAUCAUGUGUCUGGGUGUGACCAAGUGGGUUCAGCUGCAGUCGGGCGAUGGAGGCGUGGUCAGACUGUUCAGAAGGGCCUAUCAGAGCCUGUCUCUGGGCGGAUUAUUCAUUCUGGAGCCGCAACCGUGGACCAGCUACAUCCACAGCAAGAGGGCCUCGGAGAGGACUUUACAUCACUACAGAAGUCUGAGGCUCAGACCUGAACAGUUCACCUCCUUCCUGACGGACAGCGUGGGCUUCAGCUCCUACCGACUACUCAAAAACACAGGUAACCAACGGCCAAUCUACCUGUUCCAUAAAGGCUCCGCCCACAAGAAGUGAGCUCUCCAGGACAGGAGGCCAUGCCACUGGCAUCCAGCCGUUUCCAUGGCAACAGCCUUAUGAUGGGCUGAUGACAUCAGAGGAGAAUGGGCUACAUCUGAUUGGUCAACGGGCUCAUUGUCCCAGAACUUGUGUAGUCACAUGACGUUUGAGCCAAUGAGGUUUAGCUUAUGGAAGUAAUGAACAGAUGCUGAUCAAUGAGACUGAACUGAGCAUGCUCAGUGUGAUCAGCUUGAACUGUCAUGUGAUGUGCUGUGAUUGGACCCUGGGUUCAGACAGGAAGUGACUGUUUUGUUAAGGUUCAUGUUUUUCAGAAUAAAUGGAGGCUCUGCUUCA